AUGGGGGUGUUUGUAUUUUCUGACGUAUUCACAUUCACCAUGAUUGGCAUACAGAAAUUGGUUCUGAUCGCAAAAUUUGCCCAGCAGGCGGAGAGGUACGAUGAAAUGGCCGCUGCCAUGAAGGUGACAGAGACAGGUGUGGAGUCGUCAAACGAAGAGAGAAACCUUCUUUCAGUUAUCUACAAGUAUAUGGCAGGUGCGAGAAGGAGCUCAUUGAGGGUCAUCUCAUCCAGUGACCAAAAGACAGAGGAAUCAGAACAGAAGCACGUAUUGGCCAAGGAGUACAAGGAGAAGAUAGUGAACGAGCUCCAAGAUAUUUGCUUCGAUGUCCUGGAUCUCCUGAACAAGUAUCUCAUUCCAAAAUCUAGCAACACUGAAUCCAAAGUGUUCUACCUCACGAUGAAGGGAGGCUUCAAUCGGUAUUUGGCAGAAGUUGCCACCGGAGACUCUCGGUUGGAUGUGAUGGAGGAAUCCCUGAAGGCGUAA